AUGGCCUCUUUCAAGAAGAUAACGCUCAUCGGCGUCUUUUCGGAUCUGUCGUCCUUCCCGAACUAUCGUUCGGAGAAGACAGAUGAAAGUCUACCGGCCAAUGUCCGCCGUGUCGCUGUGGACUACAGUGACACGCCAAGCCUGGCAAACGCGCUGAAGGGGCAGGAUGUAGUGGUUUCCACGGUGGGAAUGGAGGGCAUUCCUGGUCAGAAGCUGAUCAUCGAUGCUGCUAUCCAGGCGGGCGUUCGACGUUUCAUCCCCUCGGAUUUCGGCAGCCUUACGACGAAUCCUGCGGCCAGUCGCCUGCCCCACCACGUCAGCAUGGUCGAAAUUCAGGACUACAUGCGGUCAAAGUCGAAUAAGAUCGAAUACACUAUCUUCAGUAUCGGCGCUUUCACCGACUUCCUCGUCAACAGGGGAGAUGGGACCAGCCGGAUCAGCACCACCAGCCUGAACGGCGCGGCGCGAGCCAUCGUUGGCGCCCUGAAGAACCCGGAGCCGACGAAGAACAAGAACGUCUUCGUGCAUGAACUCGUUGUGACACAGUCACAGCUGUUGAGUCUCGCGAAGAAGUACUCCCCACAGGCGGAAUGGACCAUCACCAAGAUCGAUGAUCCCGAAGCGGAAUUCGAUAGGUUGUUAACCGUUGUCCGAGAACAGCCCGAGAUCCCAAAAAUCAUUGCCCUCGUCAAGGCAUCUCUUUUGUCUGGCAAGUUUCAAGUUUACUAUAAGGCAGUGGACAAUGACCUCGUCGGCUUGCCGCUGCUGAAUUAA